AUGGAUACAGAAACACCAGUUCGGGUCCCUGAUGAACCCCCCGAAACAACUCAACCAUCCAAUGCGAUGACCACUGCGAACCACAAUUCCACCGAGGUAGAGAUGGGAGGAACGCAGGAUACAACCCAACCUGAACCUGAACCUGCGCAACAAGAUGCGACUCUUCCCGAUGUGCAGGCAGAGGAGACACCCGCUCUAAAGAAGAACACGGGCUUUAACUUCCUUGAGUGA